AUGAUUUCUGUCUUUUGGCCUUUUGGCCCUUUGGUCUUUUGUUCUUUUUGUUUUUUUUUUUUCAUUUACAAGUUUUCUCUUUUUUCUCUCUUUCCAACAUUUAUUAUAUUCACAGAUUUUCUUGACACUUGCGUUUUGUUACCUUCUGAUGCAUCCCCUUCACAAUGUUCAUCCAGAUUAGCUAAAGUCAUAUCGCUGAAAUUACUCUCUACUAUUAAACACAGUUAUGAACAUGCAUCUCCUAUGUACUCUCUUGGUCUGCAAAUAAAUCCUUUUGCUUUGGGUAGUAUAUUGAGUACUAUGGUUCGCAUUCAUGACGCCUUUUCUUUUUGUCUCUGUGCAUGUGGUAAAAACCCAUAUACAGAAAAUGCAAACACAUCCUACUAUCCUGCUGUUCUGACCUUUUCCUAUGUUCGAAAGUUGGUCUUACCACCUAUGAAUAAUUCAGUGAUUCAGUUGUUGCAAGGCAUUCAAGACGCGCUUAUUUCUCUAAAGAAUGGUCAAGAAGCAUUGGAGAAAAAACAAGAUAUAAUACAACUCGAAAUAACAAGUCUUUGCAAUGAAUUGAAAGAUUGA